AUGGCGGCGAAAAUAGGAGUGCGUUCCCUAUUUGGUCCAUAUUUUAGGCGAUUAAACUUCAUUGCUCCUAUACCGAAGCUGUUUUUUGGUCUGGAGAGUAUUCCAAAACAAAGAUAUGUCUAUACUACACCAGCGUCGCAAGGUAAUGCUGUUAGAAGGGAAGAAACUAAAAUAGAGGAGGCUGUGUCAGGAUGCCCAAUUUGCAGUAGAAAUUUAAAAUUUACAUACAAGGAUGUUUUAUUGCUCGCCCAGUUUAUUUCUCCUGAAGGACAUAUUUUAAACAGGCGAGUAACAGGUGUGUGCAGAAAGCAGCAGAGAAAACUGGAAAAAUCAAUUGAAAUAUCAAGGAGAAUGGGUUUAAUUCCGAGAAAACCUCCUGCUCUAAUUCAGAAAGCAAAUCAAAUGGCGUAACAAUGUGCAAAAUCAAUAACAGAGUUGUACAAAUGAUGGUGUUAAAAGACCUACUUGCAGAAUGGUUUAAUACUAACAAUCAUGCUGUGUACAAAUGAAACUAUUUCACCGACCAUGUAUACUGACUACAUGUCCAUGGAUUCUCAAGCCAAGUACAUGAAUGAACCUGUUAUUUAGCCUCUCCACAAUUAGUCACUGUGACCAUGGAAUAAAUACCAGUUUGCAAAAAUUAUUACUAACAAUUACACUAAGAAAAUAAAUUUAUUAUAUACCACUUGUCAAAGUUUUGU